CAACUUUUAAUGUAACAUCAGCUGCAGGGAUAGAGCGCCUUCUGGACUUAGUACUGUCUUUUGUGAUGUGACAGGAAAAGCUGAACAAACUGCAAAUGGGAAAGGAAUGCAGAAGGAAGCCUUACCAUCUACAAUAAAACAAUCAAAAGGAGAACAUCAUUUGUGUUCUUGGAGCUGUUGGAAAAGUAUUUCUUUGAUACAAAAUGCAACCUUUGAUAUACUUUUAUUUGGGGCUUCCACUAGUUUGCUGUUGGCCCAAUUUACAGCAUUUCACAUUCUACAAAGGCUUUAACUUCAGCCUUCCCAGGAUUCUACAGCUCCCAAGUACCAGACAACAGCAGCUGGAAGCUAGCACAGAAAACAAAAUAGAGAAACUGGGACAGCUAUUCAAACAGAAUGUGAGGAAACUGAGAGAGAAAAGCAACAGCCUGGACCUAGUUUUCCUGGUGGAUGAAUCUUCCAGUGUUGGGAACACAAACUUCCUGAGUGAGCUGAGAUUUGUGAAAAAAUUGCUCUCUGAUUUUCCUGUGGUUCCCAGUGCCACAAGGGUGGCAAUUGUCACAUUUUCUUCAAAAAAUCAUGUGGUACCCAGAGUGGACUACAUCUCAGCAUCUCAGGCCAACCAUCAUAAGUGUUCCUUGCUAAACCAAGAGAUCCCUAGUAUAACCUAUCGGGGAGGAGGGACCUAUACCAAAGGAGCUUUUCAACAAGCAGUGGAAAUACUGCAACAUUCACGUGGGAAUGCUACAAAGGUUAUAUUUCUUAUCACAGAUGGAUACUCAAAUGGAGGGGAUCCAAGACCAGUUGCAGCAUCUUUACGUGAAGUGGGAGUGGAGAUCUUCACUUUUGGAAUUUGGCAGGGUAACAUUCGAGAGCUUCACGAUAUGGCAUCAUAUCCAAAGGAAGAACACUGUUAUUUUGUCCAUAAUUUUUCAGAGUUUGAAGCCUUGGCUCGGCGAGCCCUUCAUGAAGAUCUUCCAGCAGGGAAUUACAUCCAUGAAGACAUUUCUCGUUGCUCAUAUCUGUGUGAAGCUGGACAGAGCUGUUGUGACAUAAUGGCCAGCUGCAAAUGUGGCACUCACACUGGUCAGUAUGAGUGCAUAUGUGAAAAGGGAUACUAUGGGAAAGGACUGCAGCAUGAAUGCACAGCAUGCCCUCCUGGGACCUACAAACCUGAAGCAACACCAGGUGGUCUAAGCACAUGUAUACAAUGUCCAGAUGAAAACCACACAUCUCCCCCUGGAAGCACGUCUAUGGAAGACUGUGUUUGUAAAGAAGGUUUUCAUGAUGUUGAUCAAACUUGUGAAGCUGUCCACUGUCCAGAGCUACAGGCCCCAGAGAAUGGUUACUUUGUUCAAAACAUUUGCAACAACCACUUCAAUGCAGCAUGUGGUAUUCGAUGCAGAACAGGAUUUGAUAUUGUUGGUAGUAGCAUCCGUCUCUGUCAGUCCACUGGACAAUGGUCAGGUGUGCAGCCCACCUGCAGAGUUCGAAAAUGCCCACUACUCCUUACUCCUUUACAUGGGCAUGUUAACUGUUCAACCAGUGAUACUUCAUACAGAACUGAGUGCCAUGUAACUUGUGACAGAGGUUAUCGGCUAAAAGGAACAUCGAAACUCACGUGUCAAGCAAACUCUCAGUGGGAUAAUGAUGCACCACAAUGUAUAGAAAUUAACUGCCCGGCAUUACAGAAACAAAAAGCUGUUGUUUUAUCCCCAUUGUCAUGUGCUCUUGUGGUACAGAAGCCUGGAACUGUGUGCCACCUCAGCUGUCUGUCUGGUUAUAGUCUGAAUGAAGGAUCAGAUUUUGUUCAGUGCUUAAAAUCUGGAACCUGGAGCAUGAAUGUUCAGCACAUCAUCUGCCGAGAUACUGAGCCUCCUGAAAUCAUCUGUCCCAACAAUAUUGAGGUUGAAACGUUGGAGCAUCAGAAUUUUGCCCAGGUCUUCUGGAGCCAUCCAAAAGUAAAGGACAACUCAGGUGAAGAGGUUUCCAUCCAGAGUAUUCCUCCUUUUAGUCCUCCAUAUCAAUUUCCGAUUGGAGAAAUGAUGAUCGCCUAUACAGCCACAGAUAAAGCAAAAAAUACAGCAAGCUGCUCUUUCAACAUCAAUGUUAUAGACAGAGAACCUCCUAUGAUUGACAGAUGCAGAUCUCCCUCACCUGUUCUUACAGUAGAAAAAGAAUAUAAUGUGACUUGGGAUGAGCCACAGUUUUCUGAUAAUUCAGGGGCACUGCUAUCUAUAAGCCAUACACAUUCUCCAGGUGACAUUUUCCCUCAAGGGGAGACACUAGUGCAGUAUGUUGCCACUGACCCAUCAGGAAAUAACAGGACCUGUGAUAUUCACAUCAUCAUAAAAGAUUCUGCUUGCAAUAUCCCAUUUACCCCAGUAAAUGGAGAGUUUGUCUGUCAAAAUGAGGAGGAAUUUGUCAACUGCACCUUAUAUUGCAUGGAUGGAUACGGCACUUUGACAGAAUCAGCGCAGAGUUACUACUGUGCUCAUGAUGGGGUCUGGAAACCACCAUUUUCUGCAGAAUGGCCAGACUGUUCUUUGAACCGGUUUGCAAACCAUGGCUUCAAAUUGUUUGAAUUACAAUAUAGAGCUACUCGAUGUGAUGAUAUUCCCCUGCUAAAUAAAUUUUCUAAAGAAUUUGAAAUGACUCUUGGGAAACUGGUACCCUCAUUUUGUGAUGAUGACAGUGACAUUGAAUGCAGCCUGGGACAUGUGAUUAGAGGCCAGUGUCUUGAGUAUAAUUAUGAUUAUGAAAAUGGAUUUGCAAUCGGACCAGGAGGAUGGGGAACAAGUUGGAGUAUACAGAAUGGACUGGAUUACGUAUCUGAAGACUCAGAGGCAACUUGGCAAACAGACAGUCAUGUAGGCAUGAAGCCCAGAAGAGUUAAGCGGUACAAGAAGCUAGACAAUUCAUUAACUGACCAGAAAAUUCAGCUAAUUUUUAACAUUACUGCUUCUAUACCAUAUCCCAGGAGGCGCAAUGACACUGCAGAAGCCCUAAACCAGCAGAGGAUAUUAAGAACGCUUGAGAAGAUUACAAACAGGCUGAAAAGGGCUCUUAGUCGUGACCCAAUACAAGUAUUUCAAAUUGAGUCAGAAAUGGUGUUCGCUGACACCAAGUCUUUGGAAACAGAGAAUGCGAUUCUCUUCUGUCGACCAGGGUCAGUGCUAAAGGGACAUAUGUGUGUCAGCUGCCCGCUUGGAACCUACUACUCUCUAGAACAUAAAACCUGUGAAAGCUGUUGGACUGGAUCCUAUCAAGAUGAGGAAGGACAGCUAGAAUGUAAACAUUGCCCAGCAGGAAGCUACACUGAGUACAUGCAUUCCAGAAGUGCAUCGGAGUGCAAAGCUCAGUGCAAACCAGGAACAUACUCUCAAAAUGGUCUUGAGAUCUGUGAGUCAUGCCCAUUUGGCACAUACCAACCAGAGCAUGGUUCAAGGGACUGCAUUCCCUGUUUGGAUGGCAGUUCUACAGUGAAAAGGGGGACUGUGGAUGUUUCAGAAUGUGGAAUGCCAUGCCCUGCAGGAGAGUUCUCUCGCUCUGGUUUACUGCCAUGUUAUCCUUGUCCAAGAGACUAUUAUCAACCCGAUAUAGGAAAGUCCUUCUGCCUGGCUUGUCCAUUUUAUGGCACAACAACUAUCACUGGGGCCUCUAACAUUCGGCAUUGCUCAAGUUUCAGUUCUUCCUAUGCAGCGCCAGAGGAAAGUAUAAAGAUUCCAUCUUCUGAAAAUAUUAGCAAACGACAUGCUGUCAGUAGCCAGGUAUACCACCCAUGUUUCGAGAAUCCAUGUAAUAACGGAACCUGCCAAAAACAAGGAACAGGGAUUGGCUACACUUGUACUUGUUACUCUGGAUUUGCAGGCUCAAAGUGUGAAAUCGAUAUUGAUGAAUGCAGCUCGGGCCCCUGUCAGAAUGGUGCUGCUUGUAUUGAUGACAUUGGAACCUUUCAGUGCCACUGUCUACCUGGCUAUUUAGGUACCCUUUGUGAAGAAGAUAUUAAUGAAUGUGAAUCUAGCCCAUGUCUGAAUGAAGGCAUCUGUGAAGAUAAGAUCAAUGCAUAUCACUGUAGAUGUAAGAAAGGAUUUACUGGCUCUCAUUGUGAAACAGAGAUAAAUGAGUGUGAGUCAAGCCCUUGCCUAAAUGGUGGAGUGUGUCUCAAUCUGAUAGAUGCCUACCAAUGUACCUGCAUUCCUGGUUUCGCUGGUGACAGAUGUGAAGAAAACAUUAACGAAUGUUUGAACAAUCAGUGUCGUAACGGGGCCUCAUGCAUUGAUGAGGUUAAUACGUUCAGUUGCCAGUGUGCACCAGGAUUUGCUGGAAAAUUAUGUGAAGCUGAUAUUGAUGAGUGUGGCUCCAAUCCCUGUUUAAAUAAUGCAGUCUGUGUGGAUGCGUUGAACUCCUUCAUCUGCAAAUGUCCACCCAGCUUUGGUGGAAGUAGAUGUGAAACAGAAUUGUCUGCUGGCUUUAACCUGGACUUUGAGGUGUCCGGAAUCUAUGGAUAUGUUAUCAUGGACAAUGUACUACCGCCACUUGAUGCUGUCAGCUGUGCUUUUUGGAUGAAAUCCUCUGAUACUUCAAAUUAUGGAACUCCAAUUUCAUAUGCAGUUGAUGGAAAUGAUAAUGUAUUUUCUUUGACAGACUAUAACGGAUGGGUCCUGUAUGUAAACGGAAAAGAUCGGGUAACAGACUGUCCAUCUGUGAAUGAUGGAAAAUGGCACCACAUAGCUAUAACAUGGACUAGUUCCAGUGGAGAGUGGAAGGUGUAUAUCGAUGGAAAAGUCUCUGAUGGUGGCAGGGGUUUAUCCGUGGGCUCAAGGAUACCAGGUGGUGGUGCAUUAGUUCUCGGUCAGGAGCAGGACAUGAGAGGAGAAGGAUUCAACCCUGCAGAGUCAUUCGUAGGGUCUCUUAGCCAACUUAACAUGUGGGACUAUGUUCUAACCCCUGAACAGGUGAAACUGCUCAGUACAUCUUGCCCCGAGGAUAUCAAGAAAGGCAAUCUAUUAGCUUGGCCUGAUUUCCUUAAAGGAGUGAUUGGGAAAGUAAAGAUUGAGUCUAACAGCAUUUUCUGCGCUGACUGUCCAGUGUUACAAGGUGCUGUUCCACAUCUGCAAUCAACAAACACUAACGUAAAACCAGGAUCCCAAGUAAAACUUUUCUGUGAUCCAGGUUACCAACUGGUAGGCGAUCAUUCACAGCAAUGUCUGAACCUAGGACAAUGGAGUCAUCCUCUUCCAUACUGUGAAAGGAUUUCUUGUGAAGAACCAACACCCCUGGAGAAUGGGUUUUACUCGUCUGAAGAUUUCUAUGCUGGUAGUACAGUUGUGUACCAGUGCAACAAUGGUUACUACUUGCUUGGAGACUCAAAAAUGUCCUGUCUUGAUGAUGGCAGCUGGGACAGCAUCUCACCUUCUUGUCUUGAUGUUGAUGAAUGUGCAUUAGGAUCAGACUGUGACAAACACGCAUCGUGCCUCAAUACAAAUGGAUCGUACAUUUGUACCUGCAUCCCACCGUAUACAGGGGAUGGAAAAAACUGCACAGAACCAGUCAAAUGUAAAGAUCCCGGCAGAAUGGAGUAUGGCCAGAUACACGGCAGCAUUUAUACAGUUGGUGGUGAAAUGACAUUCACAUGUGAAGAGGGCUAUGAGCUGUCUGGAGCUUUUCAUGUCACCUGUUUGGAAUCGGGAGAGUGGGAUCAUGCACUUCCUCAUUGUCAAGCUGUGUCCUGUGGUAUUCCGGUAGUCCCACCAAAUGCAGGUGCGGAAGGUGCUGACUUCACAUAUGGCAGUAAAGUAAUAUACAGAUGUAAUAAAGGAUACACACCAAAAGAAGAAAAAGAAAUCUUUUGCAUGCUCAAUGGAAGCUGGAGUCACAGCCCACCCCAUUGUGAACUAAUCACAUGCAGUGUUCCUGAUGAUAUAAAAAAUGGGAAGCUAAUUCUUAAUGGAACAACCUACCUGUCAACUGUGUCAUAUGAAUGUGAUUAUGGAUUUAGGUUACAAGGGCCUUCUGUAUUGCAAUGUGGAGACGAAGGAAAAUGGAAUGACACCUACCCAGUAUGUGUGCAGGUAUCCUGUGGAAAUCCUCCAACAAUUAAAGAUGGCAACAUCACAGGAAACAACUUCAUGGUGGGAAGCAGAAUUUCUUAUGUCUGCAAGGAAGGCUUCAUUCUUAUUGGCCCAGAAAUGAGAGACUGUUUGGUCAGUGGUGAAUGGAGUGGUAGCACUUCUCAGUGUGUUCCUCGUUCCUGUGAUGAGCCCCCUCCAGUUGAUCAUGCAUUAGCAGAAGCCCACCAUCGACUUUUCGGAGACAUAGCAUUCUAUUUCUGUAAAGAUGGCUAUAGCAUUGGAAAUAACUCUGAGAUGCACUGUAAUGCUGAAGGCCUUUGGGUUCCUCCACCUGGAAAGACAGUCCCUCAUUGCAUAGCUGACUUCUGUGAAAGACCACCAGAUAUUCCAUAUACCAUCUUAGAAACAACUGAAAAAGAAAAAUAUGCUACUGGUUCAGUAGUUAGCUUUAAGUGCUUGGAAGGUUUUAUUCUCAACACUUCAGCUGUGAUUGAAUGCCUUCCUGGUGGUCAGUGGGAGAGUUCCCUAUUCAGAAUACAGUGUAUCCCAGUCCGCUGUGGAGAACCUCCAAAAAUCAAAGAUGGUUAUGUAAGUGGCACAAAUUACAGCUUUGGUGCUUUAGUUGCAUAUACCUGCAAUAAAGGAUUUUACAUAAAAGGAGAAAAGAAAAGAACAUGUGAAGCUACUGGAGAAUGGAGUGGUGUUCUGCCAACAUGUCAUGCCGUCCCUUGUGGAGAGCCUCCAGGAAUUGAAAAUGGAUGGGUUAAGGCAAAAACUGGGACAGACUAUAGGAGUGAAGCAACCUAUCAGUGCAAAUCUGACUUUAAACUUACUGGAAGUUCCACUCGUAUAUGUCAGGCCAACCGUCAAUGGUACAGUGAGAGUCCCCCUUCCUGCAUCCUCCAGGCAUGUGAAAAGCCUCCACACAUUAAACAUGGGUAUUCAAAAGGAAAUAUUUUUAGCAUAGGUUCUGAAGUUUCUUUUUUCUGUGAUGAGGGUUAUAAACUGGUUGGAGAUGCCAAGUGGACAUGCCAAAAAAAUGGAAGUUGGAAUGCAAAGAUAGUCCCAGAAUGUGUUGCAGCAAAAUGUCCUGAUAUUCCACUUUUAGAAAAUAAUUUAGUUGUGAAAAGUGCAACAAAAGAUACAGGAACUGUGCAGUUCAUGUGCAUGGAAGGUCAUGCUUUGCAUGGCUCUUCAGUGCUGAAAUGUUUGUCAUCCCAACAAUGGAAUGAUUCAUUCCCCAUUUGCACUCCUGUCACGUGUAGUAAACCUCCAGAUGUCCCCUAUGGAGAGCCUGUGGUUUCAUCUCUCUCGUUUGGAAGCACUGUUAAAUACACUUGUAUGGAUGGAUUUCUCUUUAAAGGUACACCUACUCUAACCUGUCAAGAUGAUGGAACAUGGAGUUUUCCAUUACCAGAAUGUGUCCCAGUAGAAUGUCCUCAACCAGAAGAGAUUAAAAAUGGGAUUGCACAUGUGCAGGGUCUUACCUAUCUCAGUACAGCUUUAUACACAUGCAAAUCUGGAUUUAACUUGAUAGGAAACACUACAAUACUUUGUGGAGAAGAUGGAUUCUGGAUAGGAGACAAACCUAUUUGUAUGCCAAUUCAAUGCCCCAAACCAAAAGAGAUGCCAAACUCAAGAACUGUUUACACAGACCUUAAUUAUAGUGAUACUGUUACAUACUUGUGUGACAGGGGGUUCAGACGUCAAGGUCAGAGUACUUUAACUUGUUUAGAGACAGGUGAGUGGGAUGCAGAAGCACCAUCUUGUAAAGAAAUACUCUGUGAACCUCCUCAUCCCAUUCAGAAUGGUUUUCUUGAAGGUGCAGACCAUAGCUUUGGAGCUAUGAUUAUUUAUAGCUGCUUCCCAGGAUUUCAGCUAUCAGGACAUGCUAUGCAAACAUGUGAAGAGUCUGGAUGGUCCAGCUCAAUGCCAGAAUGCCUGCCUAUUGAUUGUGGCUUGCCUCCUCAUAUUGACUUUGGAGAAUAUGUAAAGCUCGGGAACCUUCAAGGCAUGUUCCAUGAUGAAACAUACCAGUCUCCUCCCAGUUAUUUGAGUCCAUUAACAGGACAUGAAGAUGACAAUGGUGAUGCUGAACAAAGCAAGAAAGCCACUGCAACUGGCAGUGCUCUGGAUUCUUCAGGAUUUCCAUAUGGAACUGAGAUCAUGUACACUUGUUACAGUAAUUAUGAAUUAGUAGGCACUUCUGUGCUCUUUUGUCUUGAGGAUGGCACAUGGAAUGGCAGUGCCCCAGUAUGCAGUUCUGUAUUCUGUGAACCACUUACUGCUCCAGAAAAUGGGUUUGUUCAGUCCACAGAUAGCCUGCAUGGCAGUUCAGUGUGGUAUGGAUGUAAUUCAGGAUAUGAACUGUCAGGGGCAGCAGUAAGACACUGCUUGCCAAACAGAACAUGGACUGAUGAACCCCCUGCCUGCAAGCCAGUCACAUGUCCUGUACCUAAUAACAUCAGCAAUGGAUCCAUAAACAUGAAAGAUAAUACAUUAAUGAGUGUAAUUUACUAUAGUUGUGACCAUGGCUAUAAACUGAGUGGUCCCAGUAAAAGGACUUGCCUGGAAAGUAAGGAAUGGGAUACAACAGAACCUGCAUGUGUUCCAGUAUCUUGUGGAAACCCAGUCAUACCUGAGAAUGGACAUAUUAUAGGAGAACUGUAUUUAUUUGCAGAAAGUAUUGAAUAUAAAUGUAAAGAUGGAUAUCAGUUAGAAGGUGAGCUGAUCAGUACCUGUUUAGCCAAUGGAAGUUGGAGUACAUUAGCUCCAUUAUGUCAACGCGUGGUAUGCCGUAGCCCUCCAAGUGUCCCUAAUGGUGAAGUUACUGGAGAGAGCUACCGCUACGGGGAAGCAAUACAGUACCAUUGCAAUGAAGGUUAUAUUUUACAUGGAGCUCCAAAAUUAUACUGUAAAGCUGAUGGAACCUGGGAUAUGGAAGCACCAACUUGCAUGCCAGUCAGUUGUGGACCUCCAGAAGACAUAUCCCAUGGACAUUUGGAUGGACUCAGCUUCAGUUAUGGUGAUCAUGUUCAGUAUUCCUGUUUUCCUGGUUAUGAACUGAAAGGGAAUACAGCAAGACAAUGUCAGUCGAAUGGCAUGUGGAGUGGAAGUUCUCCAGUCUGUGAACCUUGUAAAUGUCUACCUCCACUUAUUGACAAUGGACUCAUAAUUGGGCAGGAUUUCAGUUGUGGGGAGAAAGUCACAUUCAAGUGUCGAGAAGGAUUUAAACUACUUGGAUCAUCUGAAAUCACAUGUGAAGCUGGUAGUAAAUGGAGUUCAAGUUUUCCAUUCUGUGAACAAAUUUCAUGUGAGCCGUUCCCUGUAGUGCCAAAUGCUUAUGUAAACAGUUCAUCGACAGAAGACAUAGUAAUUUACAGCUGCAUGCCUGGAUAUGUAAUGCAUGGAGAUGCAAAGCUGACCUGUACAGAUCAGGGUGAGUGGAGCAAACCAUAUCCAGUCUGUGAACUUGCAAGCUGUGGCUUGCCCCCUCUUAUUCAAAAUUCAGUAGCACUGGGGAAUUUUUACACAUAUGGAAGCACAAUUCUAUACAGAUGUCUAGAUAAUUAUAUAAUGAACAGUGAUACAGACACUAUCACGUGUCAGGAAGAUGGCCGCUGGUCUAAUAUCAACAUGUCAUGUGACUUAAGAAUAUGUCCUCUGCCAACAAAUAUAUCAAAGGUCAUUUUCAGUGGAACAGAUUUUACUAUAAGUUCAUCGAUUAUUUUGUCAUGUCGGGAAGGCUACAGACUCCUUGGAGAAAGCAUUUCUAUAUGCCAGCCUGAUGGUACAUGGACAUCCACAUUUAGUGAUGAUGUUUGCACUCCUGUAUCCUGUGAGAGGCCCAGAGCUCCAAUUAAUGGCAAAGUUCAUGGGACUGGAUAUGCUUUCAAUGACAGCACUGUUUAUAGCUGCAACUCUGGCUAUGAGCUACAGGGCAUUGGUAUAAGACGCUGUGAAGCAAAUGGCUUAUGGAGCGGAGAAGAACCAGAAUGUAUGGAAUUUAUGUGUGAAACACCAAGAUGGUUGAACAAUGGCCGAGCAGACUAUGAAAAUCUCACAAUUGGAAGCAGGGUACAUUAUUCUUGUGAAAAGGGCUACGAACUGGAUGGAGAAUUUCAUGCAGAGUGCACCAAAAAUGGAACAUGGAGCUUUCCUGCCCCGGUCUGCAAACCAAAAGUAUGUCCUGUGCCAGCUGGGCUCCCAGAUAAUGCUGUAGUUUCAGAGACCAUUUUCUACGUAGGUCAGGAAGUAACCAUUUCUUGCCAUAAAAAUUUUCGCCUUCAAGGACAGGCAACAAUUACAUGCAAUAGUGACCAGACAUGGACAUCAGUUAAUGCUACAUGCAAUAGAAUCUCCUGUGGCAUGCCGCCUCAUGUCAAAAACGCGAUGACAAGAGGAUCUUCUUUUGACUUUGGAGACAUAGUGACGUACUCAUGCUAUGCUGGGUAUAUGAUGGAGGGAUCGUUCAGAAUCACUUGCUUGAAAAAUGGAACAUGGACUACAACACCGAAAUGUAAAGCUCAGUGCAGGUUUCCUUGCAAAAAUGGUGGCACCUGUGAGAGACCUAAUUCAUGCUCCUGCCCUGAUGGAUGGAUGGGACGAUUUUGUGAAGAACCGAUAUGCAUCCUGCCAUGCCUAAAUGGAGGCAAAUGUGUUGCACCUUACAGCUGUGAAUGCUCCAGAGGAUGGACUGGAUCUCGAUGUCAUAUCGCUGUUUGCCAGUCUCCUUGCUUAAAUGGUGGGAAGUGUGUAAGGCCGAACCGCUGUCAAUGCACAUCUGGCUGGGUUGGAUAUGACUGUUCAAGAAUUGAAGAUGAUGCUUCUCCUAUGCCUUUGAAUCUAGGAGUACAGACUGGAAAUUUUAUAGGAAAAGAAAGACUGCCUUUUAUCCAUUUUAAAGAAAGAAACAUCAGAAGCACUAUGAAAAUCAGAACAAUUUCAGAGUAGCAGCUGACCUCAAAUUAAUACAGUGUUAUGUCUACAUUAUACUGUAUGAUACUGUAUUUGUUUAAGAUUCUAUAUUAUAUAUUUUCUUACCUAUUUACAGUUUAUUUUUAAAUGGCUGUUUUUAACUAUACAAAAAAAUCGUAGUUUGUUGUGAAUUACAGCAUAUCGCUUCUUUUACAAGAAGAGGUACUUGUACAGAAUGUUGGACAAUGUUAAAUUCUAUGAAUAUGAUUUGUUAAGUAAAAUAAUAAAGUACAUUGGUGCUUUAAAUAUGCA